AUGAGCCUGGGCUCGCGGCGCGGGGCGGCGGCGGCCCCGGGGGUGGUGCCCGCGCCCUGCGCCUCGAAGGUGGAGCUGCGGCUCAGCUGCCGGCACCUGCUGGACCGCGACCCGCUCACCAAGUCCGACCCCAGCGUGGUGCUGCUGCAGCAGCGUCAGAGCCAGUGGGUGCAGGUGGACAGAACCGAGGUGGUGCGGAGCAGCCUGCACCCCGUCUUCUCCAAAGUCUUCACGCUGGACUACUACUUCGAGGAGGCGCAGAAGCUGCGCUUCGAGGUGUACGACACGCACGGGCCCGGCGGCCUGGGCUGUCAGGACGACGACUUCCUGGGAGGCACAGAGUGCACCCUGGGGCAGAUCGUGGCCCAGAAGAAAAUGACCCGCCCGCUGCUGCUGAAGUUUGGCAGGAAGGCUGGCAAGUCCACCAUCACGGUGACAGCAGAGGACAUCUCCGGGAACAACGGCUACGUGGAGCUCUCCUUCCGGGCCAGGAAGCUGGAUGACAAGGACCUCUUCAGCAAGUCGGACCCCUUCCUGGAGCUGUUCCGAGUCAACGAGGAUCUGAGCGAGCAGCUCGUGUACCGGACGGAGGUCGUGAAGAACAACCUCAGCCCAGUGUGGGAGCCCUUCAAGGUGUCCCUGAGCUCGCUGUGCUGCUGCGAGGAGACGCGGCCUCUGAAGGGCCUGGUGUGGGAUUACGACUCCCGCGGGAAGCACGACUUCAUCGGGGAGUUCGCCACCACCUUCCUGGAGAUGCAGGCGGCCUUCGCCGAGCACCAGGCCCAGUGGGAGUGCGUGAACGCCAAGUACAAGCAGAAGAAACGCAAUUACAAGAACUCCGGGGUGGUCGUCCUGGCAGACCUGAAGCUCCACAGGGUCUACUCCUUCCUGGACUACAUCAUGGGCGGCUGCCAGAUCCACUGCACCGUGGCAAUCGACUUCACAGCCUCCAACGGGGACCCCCGCAACAGCUGCUCCCUGCACUACAUCAACCCCUACCAGCCCAACGAGUACCUGCAGGCGCUGGUGUCCGUGGGCGAGAUCUGCCAGGACUACGACAGCGACAAGAGAUUUUCUGCUUUGGGGUUUGGAGCCCGGAUCCCUCCCAAGUAUGAGGUGUCCCACGACUUCGCUAUCAAUUUCAACCCUGAGGACGAUGAGUGCGAAGGAAUCCAGGGUGUGGUGCAGGCCUACCAGAACUGCCUGCCCAGGGUCCAGCUCUACGGCCCCACCAACGUGGCACCCAUCAUCUCCAAGGUGGCGCGCAUGGCAGCAGCCGAGGAGCGCACGGGGGAAGCCUCGCAAUACUACAUCCUGCUGAUCCUGACGGACGGGGUCGUCACCGACAUGGCAGACACGCGGGAGGCCAUCGUGCGCGCCUCCCACCUGCCCAUGUCCAUCAUCAUCGUGGGCGUGGGCAACGCCGACUUCACCGACAUGCAGAUCCUCGACGGGGACGACGGCGUCCUGCGCUCCCCGCGGGGGGAGCCCGCGCUCCGGGACAUCGUGCAGUUCGUGCCCUUCCGGGAGCUGAAGCACGCGUCCCCCGCAGCGCUGGCCAAGUGUGUGCUGGCGGAGGUGCCCAGGCAGGUGGUGGAGUACUACAGCCACAGGGAGCUGCCCCCGCGAGGCCUCGGCACCCACACCCCGGAGGCCGGCCCCGGCUCUGCGCCAUGAAGGCCCCGAGAGGGGGCAGCAUCCGCGGGGUCCCGUCUCCAGCACCUCGGGUCCCCUAACCUCCCCGGGGGCCUCUGGUC